AUGUAUGCUCAGGCCGUCACAUCGGACCAGCUGAGGAGAACCGGCAAGGAAGGUCGGAGACUAGAAGUCUCCACCGGCCCGGCGGGCCCCAUCGACUGCUACUGCAGUCUUCCUCUUCUGAUCUAUCACCGCGGCCUCUGUCGCCAUGGGUAAGAGUCGGACGAAGCGCUUCAAGCGACCUCAGUUCUCCCCUAUCGAUAGCUGUCAGGCCGAGGCGGCAGCCGCGGCGAACGGGACUGGGGUCGAGGAGGACGAUGGGCCCGCGGCGGAACUUCUGGAGAAGCUCCAGCACCCGAGCGCCGAGGUCCGCGAGUGCGCCUGCGCGGGACUGGCCCGGCUAGUGCAGCAGCGGCCGGCACUACCGGACUUAGCCCGCCGGGAUGCUGUGCGCCGGCUCGGGCCGCUGCUGCUGGACUCUAGUCUGGCGGUAAGGGAGACGGCGGCCGGAGCUCUGAGAAACCUCAGUGCUUGUGGAGGUUUUGACGUUUGUGAUGACAUGGUGGCAAAGGAUAUCAUGACACCCCUGGUGGCACUACUAAGAGAGUGUAGCUCUGGACUGGAUUCAAAUGAGAUGUCUCCACCGGAGAAAGACGAGAAGAGAAACCCCAUAGAGAGCAUAGCUAAUGAGGCUGUGAAUGUGCUAUGGAAUGUAUGUGAAUGCAGUAGUAGAGCAGUAUCUAUAUUCAACAAAGAAGGGUGUUUGGAGAUUGUAUUACAGUACUUACGUAGGUUCCCCACCAGUGUUGACCUGGCUGUCUCCGUAGCUUACUGUUUGCAGACGGUCACAGAAGAUAACCCAGAGCUGCUGAAAUCCUUCGAUGGCACCGCCCUUCGUGUCCUGGAGUCUGCUUUGCUUUGUCCUGUCACCUCUAUGGAGUACAUUCUUCUGAAGACACUCGUGGCAGGCACAAUCUGGAACCUAAAGGACAUUAUUCCAUCUAAGAGUCAGGCAGAAAUCAUAAAUGCCAUCCUAAACACCUUGUCUGAAGUUCUGGGUGUGAAUACUGGCGACACGGUCAUUCAGAUGAAGGAAGCUGAAACCCAGCGGCUGAAGGCUGCCGCAGAGAGUGAGGACAUACUAGCAAAUGCUAAUGGUGAUGACUUGGUGGAAGAUGAUGAAAUGGAGGAAGUCCCUCAUAAGAGAAAACUCAGAAGGAAAACGUUUGUUUCCGAUUUACUUCCACCUACUGACAAGGAGCUGAGAGAGAGCAUGGCAUUGCUGACAGCUCAGCAGACCGCUCUGGAAGUUAUUGUCAACAUGUGCUGCAGUGAAGAUCCCUCGGAUGAUGAGUGGGAGGAGCUUUCUAGUAGUGAUGAAAGCGAAGCCUUUAUGGAAAACUCCUUCAGUGAGUGCAGUGGGCAGCUGAUGUCCCCACUGUGCCUGUCCCAUGAGAUUCACUCCGCCCUGACCAACUGCCUCAUUCCAGAGAAGGUUUUUGAGAAAACAUCAUCCCCAAACAGUGUUGCAGUCGACAUAUGCUCUAAGAACCCUACCUGGAAACCUUUGAUUAAGAAAAUGAACACUAUUCAGUGCAGAGCCCUUAUGUGUCUCCAGAGUCUUGUGUCUCUCCUGGACAUAGACCAUCUCGGGGGAGCCCCAGCUCUUCAGACGCUUGCUCAGCACCUGUCCCAACUUCUGUUUUCUCAGCCAGAUUUUGCUAAACAUGCUGAUUUUCUAGAAGCCAUAAGUAGUGCUUUAAGGGCCCUUUUGCAGACAAUGGCCUCCAAGAACAUUCCACAGUGUAUGACACCUGAGCAGCUGAUGAUGCUAUGCAGAGAAGGCAUUCAUAGUAGUAGCAUCGGGGUUAGAGUGAAUGUGGUCAGUAUUUUGGGGAUCACUGGCAGUGUCCUAGCCAAAGAAGUUGGCACACUUGAAACUCUGAAGACCAUUGGGUGCUUUCUGCUGGAAGUUGCCACCAAAGACUCUUCCCUUGUGGUAGCAGGAGAAGCUUUGGAUGCCCUCUUUGAUGUUUUUGCAGAUGGUGAAGAAGCUGAAAAGGCUUCAGUUCAAAUUAAAUUGUUAGCAACUUUGAAAGAAUUCCAGCCAGUCUUCAAAAUGAAGAUACGGAAAGAAGGGAGGGGCAAAUACAGUCCAGAUCAGCUGUGUGUUCUCGACAACGUGAAGAUGAAUUUGAGACGGUUUAUUGCUUACCAGGAAACUGUUGAGAAAAGACUGGCUUCUUAGACUAUCAAGAGGACCAGAGCUGGGGCUGGCUGAGCAGCUGCAUGCCUGGCUGGCAUGAACAGUCCUGGGUUUAUCCCUAGCUCUUGCGGAAAAAGAAUUAAGAGAAACCGGUUCUCCGCUGGAUUUAGUGCUAAGAAUACUGAAGGGUCUCCCUUGAAUAUAUGUGCUUCCAAAAGCCUUUUUUUCUUUCUUUCUUUUUUGAGACAGGUUCUAAGUAGCCCUCACCUAGAGCUCACAGAGGUCUACUACCUCAGUUUCCUGAUUGCUGGGAUUUAAGAUAUUCAGCACCACAUCUGGCCUCAAGCCAUUUUUCCAUGCCUCUAUUCUGUAUGUUAGUUUGAAUGUGAGAACCUGUAGGAAAUGUGUCACGUCUCCAGCAGAUUUUAGCCACUGAAAAUGGACCACAGUCUCAGGUACUAGUGUGGCACUCGGGACCUUGCUCCUGCUCAGCGAGCACUCUGUCACUGACUGUGCCGCCAGCCCUCAAGUGGUCCUUAACUUAAGGGCAGUAAAGAGACUUUGGACAAUUAUGCCCUUAAAAUUUGGGAGAAAAUCAAUUAAGUCAUUGUUUGGAUGAUUUUUUAAAGCCAAUACCAUUUUAUAUUAGCUAACUCCUAACUGAAAUAUGAAGAUAAACUUUAUAAAAUAUUUUGUUAUGGAGUACUAUAUACCAAUGAUGAAUCUUUUGUGAAGUAAAUGACUUGAAUUUGUCACUGUGUAGAUAAGGUGAUUGUAUUCUGUAUAGGGGUUCUGAGCAGUUAUUCUGUGUAACAUCAUUCCCUGUCUUAAUUUGAUACAGAAUCAGAAAUUAGUAGAAAAUGCUGGGCAUGGUGGUGCACACCUUUAAUCCCAGAUCUUCAGAGGCAGAGGCAGGAGGACCUGCUGAGUUCAAGGCCUGCCUGGUCUACAGAUUGAGUACCAGGACAGCCAGAGAGACCCUGUCUCAAAAAAAAAAAAAA